AUGUUACAAAUCAUUCAGAAUGACGUGCAGACAGUUAGAACGAUUAAGCGAAUUUUGAUUGACGAAACUUCUGUAUGUCUGAGAGAGGAAAGAUUUUUCUUUUCCGAAAAGCUAGUUGUCAAAUCAUUUGGUGAAGCUGUCACGAGUGGGUCUGAUUUCGUUGCUGAAUGGUACAAUAGAAAUACAACGUUAGUUAGGACAUGUGAGCAAGAGAAAAAUUACGAUGAAAUGAUUGAACAAGCCGCCAUUGGUAUACUGUUUGAAGGAAAGAAAGGAGAAGCCGAGUUCGCAGCAGAAGCGAUUGCAGAUCAGUUGAGAAGUAUUAAAAAUAAGUGUCUUGAACACGAAGCUUCGCAACUCUGUGUUAAGAUAUAUACAGCUGAAACUUUUCUUUAUCAUCUGGUUAAUAAAGUUUUAAGAGAAGAUGACAAAACCAAAGUACAGUCGUUGGGACCCUAUUGUUACCUAUUAAGCAGACAUGUCUUCAGCCGUAAUGACAAAACAAAAGGUUUUGUAUAUCGUGGAGCAAGUCUUGAUCAACAAAUGAUUAACGACUAUCGAGACAGUGUGGGAAAAACAGGAAAAUGGCUUUCAUAUUCAUCUACUAGUAAAAAUCGUCUAGCUGCAGAAAUGUUCGCUGGGAAUGCUCUGUUUGUUAUAAAUUUAGACAAAGAUCCUCAUGGCAUCUACCAUAAAGACCUAAAUUUAUUGUCACAUUAUCCGGAUGAGGAGGAAGUAUUAUUGAAAGCAGGUACAAAUUUUACAAUUGAUAAAGUUGAGAAAGACGAAAAAGAUGAUAAAUACUUGAUUUAUCUGACAAUUACUCAGGAAUAUGGAGAACGUCGACCAUAA